UGUCCUUUAUAUUGAAAAACAGACUAAUUAAAUAUUUGAAGCAUUCAUCAAAGGAAGGGGGAAACCUUACUUCUUCUACCACUCCAAUAUGUUGGGUUUUUUAAAUUCCAGAAGGAAAUUAAAGGGUGUUACUCUUUGUAUUAACACUGUUCGUAUGCCUAAAGCAAAGAAGAUAUCACUGAGUUUAUGCAAAAAUCCAUGAGCAUUCCAUUUGUAUUUGUCUGUUUUUUUCUUAGCUGUAUCUCACAAAGAAGAGUCAAGCCCUGUAGAUUAGUUUUCUUGGGCUUUUUGUGUCUGUUAAGCAUGAAAUACUGCUGGUGGCAUUGUGAGAGCAAUAGCAACUGGCUUCAUAUCACUCCUGAGACAACUUUUCAAAUCACCUUUCAAGUCUGUCCCAAAAGAGAACCUUUUGCUUUUUCAUAUGGCGUGUUUUUGAUUGAAUGUUUAACUGCAGUUUAAACACUUUAACUGCAAUGACUAAUUUCUGCCAUCACAAACACCUCCAUAAGCCCAUGUUAUUUUUUAUUUCCUUGAAGAAAUAUUGUGUGGAGAGAAUAGAGCUGUUUCUUUACCUCUGUAGAUGCAAAGACCCUGUUUCUUGGGCUGAGUGGUGGGGCUGAGGGGCUCACUCUCCCUUGGCACUGCAAAGUGGCAGAACUCAUCCUCUCCUUUAUGUCACCAGGGGUUUAAGUACUUGGACGUCUCCACCAUUAUCCUGUAACAAGUAGGCCAGAGCCAGGAAGAAGCCACAGUUUUCUGUUGGGGACAGAAGAGGAAGGACAGAGCCUGUGGGAGUACCUGCUUCUCUUCCUGCAGAUACCUUUGUUUCCUUGGUUCUGCUCUGUUGUUUUUCUGUUGUUGUCCUGCCAUGUAUAAAGAGGAGCCAGAGCAGGCCUUGGCUCAGCCCCUUCUCUCGGCAUCAGAAGCAGCUGAAGAAGCGAGGUGCUCAAUGCACGGGGCAGACCUGCUUGUCCUCCCUGCAGCCCUGUAUCAGCUGGUGGCUUUCAUCUUUGCUGCUCUCUGCCACUACCUCUGUGUUUCAGGUUGCCUCUCUCUGACUGCUCGGUACAUAUUCCUCCUUGCUGGAGGAUAUCUCCUUGCUGACACAGCCAUGGGCAGCUAUGCUGUGUUGCUCCUUGUCCCUGCUGCUGGCUCCACACUUGUCCUCCUUUCUGUCAGCCCAGCUCAUGCCCACACCUGGGUCUGCACCCUUCAGAUGUCCUGGCAGAUGCUCUGCCAGCUGGGUGUGAGCAGCCAGGAGCUGGACCCACAGGAUGCCAGGCUAGCCGUCGUGCUCUCUGCCACCAUGCUGCUCACCCAGAAUGCUAUGUCUCUGGCCCUGGACUUCCAUGAAAGAUGAAUGUCACACCAUGUGGGCCAGGGACUUCUGCACACACUGCCCCUCUGCAGCUACCUACUUUUUUCCCCAGCCCUCCUCACAGGUCCCCUGUGGUCCCUCGGCUGGUUUCAGGUCCAGGCUGAGCGCUGGGGUCCUCUCUCAGGCUCACUGCAGGCUGCCAGCCAGCGGUGCCGCUGGGCACUGGCCCUGUCCUGCACCUCAGGCUGGUAUAGUUUCCACUGGGUGCUGCAUGAGACCCUCCUGGAGGUGGUGGACUUUGGGCCAGAGGUGGGCCAGGGAGAUCUUUCUGUCCACGACCUGUGGAUGCUUGAGACAACGCACUACUUUGUCAUCUUCACCCAAACCUGGAACAAGAGCACAUCCUGCUGGCUGAGGAGGCUUGUCUUCCAGUGCUGCCCAGCUCAGCCACUUCUAGCUACUUUUGUCUUCUCCACCUGGUGGCAUGGCCUCCAGCCAGGUUUCCUGUGCUUGGCUGUCACAGUGGAGCCCAAAUACCACAUCCAUCCCUUCUUCAGCACCUGGGCCUCCUCCCAGGUUAUGAAGCUCCUCUACCAUGGUGCAACCUCAGUGUUCACAUGGGUCAUCAUGGCCUACAUCGUGGUGGCUGUGGAGAUUGCGAGCUUUUCCACACAUUGUCUCCUCUAGACUUCCUGCAAUAGCAUCCUUCUCCUUUGCUAUGGCCUCAUGCUGCUGCUUGCCAAAAGUCAAAGUAGAAUUGAAUUUAUUCUGGGCUAACUUGUGCAGCCAGUGGGACUUGCCCCUGCACCUGUUGCAGACAGGGUGAGAAGAGCUAUUUGCCAAGCAAUCUCAUAUAACAGCAUCUCC